AGCGUCGCAUUGAGACCAGUACUAUCAGUCUCUCACAAAGAUUUCAUUGAUUUUAUACUUUUAUUGCACGUAAUCAGCUUUACUUAGCAAAAAAGCAAAAUAGAGAUCGAGCAAUAUGUCUUCUCAGCAGAAAAGACAGGAACUUGACGCCAGGGCUAGGCAAGGAGAGACUGUAGUCCCUGGUGGAACCGGUGGCAAAAGCCUUGAAGCCCAGGAACACCUCGCUGAAGGGAGGAGCCGAGGAGGGCAGACUAGGAGGAAGCAGCUGGGAACAGAAGGGUACCAGGAGAUGGGUCGCAAGGGUGGUCUAAGCACUGGGGAUAUGUCCGGAGAAGAACGUGCAAAGGAAGAGGGUAUCCCCAUUGACGAGUCCAAGUUCAGGACCAAGAGCUAGUGUGUCGUUUCCAAGCAUUUGUUAUGUUAAUGAAGUUGGAUCUGAUAUGACUGUAGCCGUGUGGGAUUAGACUUUUUAGUUGAAUGCUAUAGUAGUAGACUAGUAGUAUUACUAAUUAUUACUUGUUAGUUUUGUUUCUGGUGUUUGUGGUGGGCCGAUGGGGCUUUGGUGCUUCUUGUGACUUUGUCUUAUGUAGCUGGCAUUGCAUUUUGCGUAUACGUAGAAGUUGGUGCUAGCUUCUCAUAUAUGGAGGUGGUAUAGUGUUUACGUAGUUGAAGGUAUUAUGCCAUUGUGUUAAUUUGCUAACUUUUUUUGAAAAUGGCACAUGGAAGACUCGGCUUAAAUACUUGUUCUUCUCCCUCUCUUUUUUCAG